AUUCCACGAAUUUUCUUGACAAUUGUAUCAAUAUCAAAAGAGUUGUAAAAGAAGAGACGAAAUAAAGUAUUUGUUGGUGAUUGAUUAGAGAAUUUAAAAAAAAUAUUUUACUAAAAUGUCGAUGAUAGCGGUGAUUAAUAAAUUUUGGCAAGAAUAUACAAAGAAUACGCCGAAAAAAUUAAAAAUUAUUGACUCCUAUUUGUUUUAUGUAUUUUUGACGGGUGUCAUUCAAUUCAUUUAUUGUUGUCUCGUUGGCACUUUUCCUUUUAACAGUUUUCUCAGUGGAUUUAUAUCCUGUAUUUCCUGCUUUAUUUUAGGCGUGUGCCUUAGGCUUCAAGUAAAUCCACAAAAUAAAUCACAAUUUUAUGGAAUCAGUGCCGAAAGAGGAUUUGCCGAUUUUAUAUUUGCACACAUUAUUCUUCAUCUGGUUGUUAUGAAUUUUAUCGGAUAAGAAAAUUAUUUUAUCGCAAAUGGCUUUUUUUCUAUAUAUAUAUGUAUAUGUAUUAAAUAUUUUUAGAAAAUAA